AUGAGUAAUACUUCUGUUAACAUAAAAUAGCUUAAGGAGAUGCACUCUAAGCUGUAAAACUUAAAUACUAACGUAAGCAAUGCUAUAGGCAGAUCUAGAGAAUUCCAUUCAAAGCUAGAAGGCAAGUUAUAGGAAUCAUUAUCUAAAUUGCAAGAAAACUUAGAUUAGUCUAUAAACACUGAUAGAGUUAACUAGAAUGAUAAAAUUCUUUUAGAUAUUCAUAGUCAUUUUGAAUAGAAGUGCUCAUAAAUAGAGGAAUAAAAUCUUAAUUUAGUUAAGCGCCUUCGUUAGAUGGAAAAAUAAGAGGAAGACUACAAGAGUUAAAUUAACCUUUUAAAUUCAUAGCUCUUAGAAAGAGGCUUGCAGCAGAUAAUUAGUUAUCCUCAAAAUUUUAGUUUUAAAGCAAAUAACAGUCAAUAGAGUAAUUCGGAUAACCAGGAAUUUACUUAGCAGCAAUUAGAGGAAUCUUUUUAUCUCAAGCAAGAAAUUGACAAGCUUAAUAAAGAGAUAGAGGUUCUUAUAGAAGAAAAGAAAAAAAUUAUUGAUUAACAAGAGUAAAAUUAGUAAUACCUACACGAUCAUCAAAUUGCUUGCAGUGAACAACUUACCUAGAGUGAAUUAUCUACAGGAUCCAAAAAUCCUUGCAAAGCUAAUCCAAUAAAUGCUAUUCCUUGCUAGUAGAAUAAUCUUUAAAAUUUAUCUAGAUCCUCAAGUCCUUUGAAGAAUUAGUAAAUCGAAAAUCAUCAAAUAAUAAAUGAAGAGCAUAUAACUAGAGUAGGUAACCUUUCUCCAUAAAAUAAACCACGUUCUUUAAAUAGCAAUUUGCAUGAUGGGUCUUAAAUUCGCUUAAUUUCUCCUACAAACAGCUAAAUGAAAAACUCAAUACAUUCAAUAUCCCCAACAAAAAUAGCCUUCACGAAAUCUUAGUCAGCAAAUAACCCUUCAAAGGAAUAGGAAUUUAGACAAAAUAAUUAAUUAAAUAUAACUAAGUAGGAGUUAGAGCACCGAUUGGUUGAAGACUAUGAGGCUAAGUUGUAGUAAGCAAAUAAAUAAUUGCGAGAAACCAAAGAGCUUUAAGAAAAGCAAUCUAAAGAAUUACUCAAAGAAAGAGAUAUUCGUAUUUAGAUGUAAAUAAAAUUAGAGGAAUUGGAGGCUGAGAAGAGAUACCAGAAUAUUUAAUAGGAGAAAAUGAAUUCAGGUAAAAUGUAAAAUGUUAAAUUCCAUACAUCUGAUAGUUUAAGUUCUCCUAACAUGAAUUAAACAACAAUAUGCUAAACUCCCUUGAGAAACUAAAUAGAAAAAAGUAAUGAAAAAUAGUAUAAAAACGAAAACAGUUUAGGAUACAGUGCCUCUGAAUAUACUUCUCCAAACAAAAUAGCAAACAAGUAACUGAAUACUACAAAUAGCUAUACACUGGAGUCAACUUCAAAUUAAAAGUUUUAACCAAUUCAUACAACUUUAAAGCUAAAUAAAAAUCCAAUAAGUUCAAUUUCGAACAACGAGAGUAAUUAUACUUAUUAAAUGAGUGUUUCUCCAAAUAAGAGGCAUAAUAAUUAAGAUACUUUGAAUAGAACAAGCUAAGACAGUUCUCAAGUUUAGUAGCAACUCAUACAAAUCAUAUCAAAAUUAUAAAAUUCAAUGAGCAAUAAAAAGAAAUAACUAACUCCUAUUAAAAAUACUGAAAAACAAAUAGAAACAGCUAAAAAAUUUGAAAAUGCUUUUGACAAUACAUUAUCUUAAUUAAAAUCGAUACUAGUAACAUAAGAAAAUUAAUAGUAGCACCAAUAAUAAACAUACCCAACCAACAGUACAUUUAAAUAAGAUUAAUCUCAAUUCCAAACAGCUUUAAGCUACUCUAAUCCAGGUUAAAAUUGUUAUAAUAACAGCGUAGUUUAUACAACAGAGUUCAAUUCUACCCAUUGA